AUGCAGAUUCUACUGCUACUGGGAGUCCUAAUGUUGGACCUGUGGCCGGCACUUAGGGCCCCACCCUGGAAAACUUCGAAAGAUCCCUCGACCACAGCAGUCCUGGUCACCAGUGGCGAGCCCUGUUACUUCCCCUUCCAAUACAGAGGCCAGCUGCACCACAGAUGUACCAAGAAGGGCCGUCCAGGGCCCCAUGCCUGGUGUGCAACCACCGACAACUAUGAUCGAGAUCAGCAGUGGGCCUAUUGCCUGGAGUCCAAGAAAGUGAAAGAUCACUGCAAGCACAAUCCAUGCCAGAGAGGAGGGACCUGCAUCAACACCAUUCAUGGAGCCCGCUGCCUCUGUGCCCCCCACCUCAUGGGCCAGCACUGCCAAAAAGAGAAGUGCUAUCAGCCUCAAUUGAGGCAGUUCUUCGAUGAAAAUGAGACAUGGUUUUGUGCAGAACCACCCAGAGUGGCCAAGUGCAGGUGUAAGGGCCCCAGUGCUGACUGCAAGUGGCUGCCAAACAGCCAGGCCUGCCUGGACAACCCCUGUCUCCAUGGAGGGAUGUGCUUGCAGGCAGAGGGCCAGUCCGUCUGUCAUUGUCCUCCAAAUUAUGCAGGGCGCUUUUGUGAAAUAGAUACCAGUGCAAGAUGUUAUAAUGGUCAAGGAUUCACCUACCGGGGCACAGCACAGACCACAUUAUCAGGCAAGCAAUGCCAACCCUGGUCCUCAGAGGCCACAUAUCAGCAUCUGUCCAGGGAAUAUGUGCUGACCAGGGGUUUGGGCCAUCACCCCUACUGCAGGAACCCGGAUAAUGACACUAGCCCCUGGUGCUUUGUUCUCUCUGGGAGCCAGAUGAGCUGGGAAUACUGUAGACUGGCCAUAUGCCAGGAUCCAGGUCGGAAUCCAGCUAUUGCAUCACAGCAUCCAACUAUUUCUGCUCCACUGUCCUUUACAGCAUUGCCCAAGGAGAGGCUUGUGUCCCAGGCUCCUCUGUGGAAGAUUGAUUCUGUGGCCUGUGGCCAGCGGCAAAGGAAGAGGCUCUCUGGAUUGACUCGUGUUAUCGGAGGGCUGGUGGCAUUACCAGGGGCACACCCCUACAUAGCAGCCCUCUAUCUGGGCCAGAACUUCUGCGCUGGCAGCCUUAUUAGCGCCUGUUGGGUUCUCACAGCAGCGCACUGUCUGGAGGACAGACCUGCCCCAGAACUGCUGAAGGUGGUCCUGGGCCAAGAGCGACACAACGAGAGCUGCCAGCAGUGCCAGGAAUUCUCGGUGCGCAAAUACCGACUGCAUGAGGGCUUCCAGGCCCACACCUUUCAGCACGACAUUGCGCUGGUGCGGCUGCAGGAGAGAGAAGAUGGGGGUUGUGCGCGGUUCUCGCCCUCCGUUCAGCCCGUAUGUCUCCCGGGGACUCUGGAGCCUCCAGGCAACGCCUCGAGCUGCCAGGUCGCAGGCUGGGGUUACCAGCAUGAAGAGGCCGAGGACUACUCCAGUUACCUGCAGGAGGCCCAGAUUCCGAUCAUUCCCCAGGAGCGCUGCUCAGCCAAAGACGUGCAUGGGACAUCGGUCACCCCGGACAUGCUGUGCGCUGGCUUCCUGGAAGGGGGCACAGAUGCCUGCCAGGGUGACUCCGGGGGACCGCUGGUGUGCGAGGAGGAGGGCCGGCUCACUCUGCGCGGAGUGGUCAGCUGGGGUACCGGCUGUGGGAACCGAAACAAGCCUGGAGUGUACGCCAGCGUAGCUAGUCACCUAGAAUGGAUCCGGGAGCACGUUGCCUUCUAACAGACCCUGGUGGUGGGCA